UCUUGCAAGUAGCUUGUUAGCUAAGAUUCUUAUCUGGACGACUCUAUGUCUGCUGUUCGGUAAACUUCAGAGAGUAUUUUAAAUGAGCAAACUUUCGGUCGAAUUGAUGCUACAAAUGAAAAGAAGUUAAACUGUAAGAAUUUUUGCAGAUCUAAGGCAUCGUCAUUUCCACCGUCACCCUGCGCUACUAUAAACGCGCUUUCCCACGGAUUAAUAACCUUCAUCAUUUAAACUAUAUUUCUUUAGCGGUUGAUUUUGUCCGAAGAUUUAAAUUUUCACGAGUUAUUUUUUUAGUCUUGAUUUCUUUUCACUUCGAGGGAUGAGACCACGCUGCUACGGUAUCUUAGGCGAGUGGGAGGAGACGUAAAAUCCCUCUUUGUGAAAUUAUACUUUAGACCUGACAUGGGUGUGACCAACCUGAUCCACUCCUUCGUCCCAUCCACGUCUCAUGAUGGAACUGGUGCAGGAUUUGUGGCGCUCGCUCAAAUAGGUCCUCUACGGUUAAUUAUGUUUCUUAGGGCGAUCAAGAGGAAUCACCAGUAGGGAAACUUGUAGAUUUACUGUGAUAGAUGCGGUUUUUCGGCAGAAGAUGAAAGUUUGUUCAGAUGUGACUGUAAAAAAAAUGAAGCGCUAAAUUUAGUUAUAAAAACUAAAUAUUUUCGGGGUAUUUUACCUUUAAAUUAUUGGUCUCGGUGUUGGCAAGUAAGUCUUGAAUAUCUCUAAACUCAACUACUUCAGGAAAUGCUUAUUGAACUAGCUGCUGUGUUUAUCUUGGUAAUACGUGGGAUCCGUGCAUCCGUCCUCACUGGAAGUGAUCUGCAGCCCUACAUGCCCAAUGUGUGCCCAAUGCGUGAAGCGGCGCUGGUAGCACGGAAUCAGCCAUGUGUCCAGGCCUUCACGCGUGUUGUAAAAGUGUGGAAGCAGAACUGCCCAGGCCAAACGUGGUGCAUGGGUUACGACCGACGGACGGCCUACUACACAGCUUACCGGCAGGUGUACCAGCAGGAGUACCGAACCGUCUACAAGUGCUGCCCCGGCUGGUCCCAGCUCAACGGAGAAGCAGGCUGCCUCUACCCUAUCUGCAGCGAUGGUGUGUGCUUCAAUGGUGGGCAGUGCCGUGAGGACUCAGUCCACCGCUGUGACUGUCCUCCAGGCUUCAAAGGGCCCAGCUGUCAAUAUGACAUGAAUGAAUGCGAGGAGUCGAAUGGGGGCUGUGAGGCUGAGUGCUGCAAUACCAUUGGCAGCUUCUACUGCAGGUGUCCUGCUGGCCAGGAGCUCCAGGAGGAUGGCCAGACCUGUCAGGACGUUGACGAAUGUCAGGUCCACAACGGAGGCUGCCAGCACAGAUGCUUGAACACCCCAGGCUCCUACCGCUGCGAGUGCGACGUGGGAUUCCGCCUGCACGUCGACGCACGCACCUGCAUCCCGGUUCACUCCUGUGCGGUCAGCAAUGGAGGCUGCGAGCAUGACUGCGUCCCCAUGUCCCCUGGGCGCUUUCGGUGCCGCUGCAGGGACAGCUACGAGCUGGCCAAGGACGGCAAGCACUGCCGGCCACGGGACCCGUGUGCCGACCGGAAUGGGGGCUGUAUGCAGGAAUGCCGGAGCGAUGGCGGGCGGGUGCUGUGUAGCUGCCGCACCGGCUAUCAGCUGGCAGAGGACGGCGAGGCCUGUUUAGACAUCGACGAAUGCCAGACGGGCCAGGCCACCUGUGCACAUGGCUGUGUCAACACACACGGUUCCUUUGUCUGCAUCUGCAAUGCGGCCUACGAGCUGGGCGAGGACGGCAGGCAGUGCUACCGCAUUGAGAUGGAGAUAGUUAACAGCUGCGAGACGAAUAAUGGCGGCUGUUCGCAUCACUGUCAGCAUUCCACCAAUGGGCCGGUCUGCAGCUGUAACCAUGGCUACCAGCUGGGCGAUGACCUCAAGACCUGUGUAGAUGUUGAUGAAUGCGCAGACGGGAGCGCCUGCUGCAAGCAGGACUGCAGUAACUACCCGGGUGGGUACGAGUGCCACUGCGACGCGGGAUACCAGCUCCACCUGCAGGGGUGCAGCUGUGAUGAUGUGGACGAGUGCCUGUCCGGAAAUGGGGGCUGUGAGCACAGGUGCCAGAACACGCCGGGAUCCUUCCAGUGCUCCUGUCGCCCGGGACACCAUCUGGAUGAGGACCAGCGCUCCUGCCUUUUCCUGGACGGGGCUGUGGAGGCGCUGAGUGGCUGGCUGCCGGAAGAACAACCCCAGCUCCAGCUCACGCUGCUGCAGGACUACGAGCAGCCGCUGGAACGCUACGACGACUACGAGGACGGCCUAGGAGAGUUGCGUGCGGAGAGUGUGCUGGCAGAGAAGUUUGUGUGCCUGAACGGCACCUUUGGCCACGACUGCAGCCUGACAUGUGCGGACUGCUCCAAUGGAGGGGUGUGCAGGCCAGAGGGGGGUGGCUGUGACUGCCCUGAUGGCUGGACUGGGGUCGUCUGCAACCAGACGUGUCCCAAGGGGACCUAUGGACGGAACUGCUCCUUCAGCUGUGGGUGCCAGAACGGGGGCACGUGUGACCCGGUCAGCGGCACGUGCCGGUGCCCCCCCGGCGUCAGUGGCGACAUGUGCCAGGAUGGCUGCCCCAAAGGCCUGUAUGGGAAACACUGCAAUAAGAGGUGCAACUGUGCCAAUAAGGGUCACUGUCACCGCACCUACGGGGCCUGCCUGUGCGACCCGGGGCUGUACGGCCGCUUCUGCCACCUGCCUUGUCCAAAGUGGACGUUCGGCCCGGGCUGCUCCGAGGAAUGCCGCUGCAUCCAGCGGAACACCCUGGAAUGCCACCGUCGCCAUGGCACCUGUGUCUGCAAACCUGGGUACCAAGGAGACGCCUGCCAGGAAGAAUGCACUGCUGGGUUUUACGGCUUGGUUUGUGAAAAGAGAUGCGAGUGUCCGCUGGGCACCCCAUGUGAUCCAGUGACUGGGGAGUGUAAGCGCCAGUGCCCUGCGGGUCGGAUUGGAGCCAGAUGUGAAAAAGAAUGCCCAGAUGGACGUUUCGGGGUGGGAUGCAUCAUGCAAUGUAACUGUUCGGGGUCGCCAUGUGACCAGGUGACUGGGCAGUGCCGCUGUCUUGCUGGAAAGGCCGGGGGGCACUGUGAGGCAGAGUGUAAGGAAGGCUUCUGGGGGCUAGGCUGCAGGGAGGUCUGCCCCCCCUGUGAGAACGGGGGGGCAUGUGACAAACAGAAGGGCUCCUGCGACUGUGCGCCGGGGUACACGGGCGCACUGUGUCAGGAAGUUUGCCCACCUGGACAGUUUGGUCUGCGAUGCCAGUUCCGCUGUGAGUGUGAGGAUAGCAGGCAAUGCCACCCUACCAUUGGACGUUGCAUGUGUCCCCCUGGACGGACUGGCCUACACUGCAGUAAAGCUUGUGACGCCGGAUUCUGGGGACCAGACUGCAGCAGAACCUGCGACUGUGUAAACGGCGACGGCACUUGCGAGGUGGAGACGGGCCGCUGCAGUUGCGAUGCGGGCUUCACAGGGAUACACUGCGAGCAGAAGUGUCCAGCGGGCUCGUUUGGACCGGGAUGUCGGCACUGGUGCCGGUGUGACGGCAGUGCGACGUGUGACCACGUGAGCGGUGCCUGCAGCUGCCCAGCAGGACGGAUUGGGACAUUCUGUGAGAAACCCUGUCCUCAGGGAUAUUACGGGCCAGACUGCCAGCAGAAGUGCUCCUGUCUGAACGGGGCCCGCUGUGACCCCUUCACUGGGGCGUGCUGGUGCUCCCCUGGGUGGGUCGGCCCACACUGCAACCUUACAUGCCCCCCUGGCUCCUACGGAGAGGCCUGUACCCAAGUCUGCAGUUGCCACAACAAUGCCAGCUGCCACCCAGUGUCUGGCCAAUGCCACUGUGCUCCUGGCUUCAGCGGGCCCAGCUGCUUGCAGGCAUGCUCCGUGGGAUUCUACGGAUUGGACUGUCAGCAGCGCUGCCUCUGCCAGAAUGGGGGCACAUGUGACCCCGCUGAUGGGCACUGCACGUGCCCUAAUGGGUGGACUGGAGCGGCCUGCGAGCUGGAGUGCGCCGGGGGCCUCUUCGGAGCAGGAUGCCAGCAGCGCUGUGAGUGUGAGAACGGCGCGCGGUGUCACCCCCACAGCGGCGAGUGCACCUGCGGGCCCGGCUGGGUGGGCCAGCGCUGUAACACAGCAUGCCCCGCUGGCUUUUUCGGACCCGGCUGUAAGCGGCGAUGCAUGUGUGACCAUGGUGCCGUCUGUCACCAUGUCAGCGGUGCCUGUGUGUGUCCCGCCGGGUGGAGAGGUACACUGUGUGACAGAGCCUGUUUACCUGGGACGUUCGGGCAGAACUGCACAGAGCUUUGCCGCUGCCCCGCCAGCACGGCCUGUCACCAUGUGACUGGGGAGUGCGGAUGCCCUCCCGGGCUGACGGGCAAUGGCUGUGAGCAGCCCUGCCUGCCGGGUACCUAUGGCUUGAACUGCAAUCAGAUGUGCCAGUGCCCCGCGGUCAAUCAGCUCUGUCACCCUGUCACCGGCCACUGCUACUGUGCGCCUGGUUACCAUGGCGACCACUGCUCGCUUGGGUGUGUGGUGGGUUUCUACGGGCCAGGCUGUGUUCACCGGUGCCAGUGUUUGAAUGGGGGGGGGUGCCAGCCAACCACGGGGGCCUGCAUGUGCCCACCAGGAUAUAUCGGAGCCCACUGCAACAUCACCUGUCCAGUGGGGCGCUAUGGGCAAGACUGUGCCCAGGCAGUGCUCUGUGCAGAGGGGGCCAGGAGUGACCCGGUCACAGGCUGCUGCGUGUGCGAUGCUGGGCGACAGGGAGCCGACUGCAGCCAAGACUGUGCUACAGGCUUGUUUGGAGAGGACUGUGCUCAGCCCUGUAACUGCAGCAACGGGGGCCUGUGUGACACUGUCUCUGGGCUGUGUACCUGCGCACUGGGUUGGACCGGACCACAGUGCGAGCAGGAGUGUCCCCCAGGGAGAUACGGAGCUAACUGCUCGCUGCACUGUAGCUGCCUCCACGAUGGUGCGUGUGACAGUGUGACGGGCCUUUGCCAGUGUCCCUGGGGCUACUACGGCCAGCUCUGCCAGCACGCGUGUCCCGCCGGUUUUCACGGCCCCAGCUGCCGCCUGCCGUGUGACUGCCACAACGGGGCCACAUGCCACCCCAGCAGCGGCCUCUGCAUCUGCCCCCCCGGCUACCAGGGAUCCCGCUGCGAGAAUCUAUGUGAACAAGGCAGGUUUGGGGAAAACUGCACCCAGUCAUGUGACUGUGCCGGGGGCAGCCCAUGUGACCCUGUGAGCGGCAGGUGUCUGUGUCCGUCGGGGAAGACGGGGUCCAGGUGUGACACGGACUGUCCUGCGAACCGCUUCGGCCCAGACUGCGCACACUUCUGCGAGUGUGACAGCAGGGGGCAGUGUGAUCCUCGGAGCGGACGCUGCACUUGCCUCGUCGGCUGGGGGGGCCUCACAUGCAGGGACAGUCAGCUCUCCUGGAGACAGCAGUCCCAUACAGAUAUAUCCACACAGGAGUCCUACAGAGACCGAAGACAGAACCUCUCGCAUCCAGAUAAUCAUGUAUAGCACCCCCUGCUGGCUGCACCAUACUAAAAAGAACAAAGACAUUUUACAUCACAGAACUGGGUUUGUAGGUGCCAACCAGAUACUGUGAAGUCACAUGUGGCUUGAGGGACACUUGGACACAGACCUGGGCACAAGUGUGCAGCCUCAGAUCCUCAGCAUCAGUGGGAGCGCCGACUCUCGUCCUCACCCCUGUUUAUACUACACACAGCACCACACCAGUGUCAAGACGGCAGGUCGACUGUGUUCUCUCUGUGACUCUCUUGUGACGUGCAUGCGUGACUGAAGGCGGCACGGCCAGGAGACUCAGACCUCCCAGGUCACAGGGAACUGAAGGGUUGCACACAGAGUCCGUCCUCCUGGCUGGGAAAUACAUAUAAUGUACAAGUAACUCGCAAUGGGAGAAGUGGGACUUUGAAACCCACCCAGACUGAUCACAUUAGGCUUAAACAUCAGAGAUUGUGAUUGUCCUACUCUUUCUGGGAUUCAGAACCGUAUUUCUCCCUUUACUGUGAAUGACUUUUAACCUUAAACUGUUAAAGGUUUAUUAAUUCUGGUCCUGGAGAUGCUAGUUUACACAUUGCAAAAUAGUUACCUAGAUAACCUAGACUGUUGCAGGUACAGUUUUGCAAAUAAAGACUGACUUGUCCAGAAGCAAAAAUGAAUCAAACAGUAUUAACUGAUUACCGUAAACCAGGGAUGGCAUUGGUCAUUGUGAGGAAGGUUCUAGAAUCGUUUCCUAGGGUGGCAUGGUGGUGCAGUGGUCAGCACUGUUGCCUCAUACUAAUGGGACCAGGGUUUGAGUCUCUGCCUUGGUUCCACGUGUGCAUGUUCUCCCUGUCUUGAUGUGGGGUUUCAUCUGGAGACACUGGAUUCCCCCCCCACAGUUGGAGUUACCAAAUGGUGCAUGUGUGAGUGAAUGGUGCACGAGUGCUAUAGGAUGGAUGGAGAGGGUUUGUACUUCAGGGGGGUGUUUCCCAAAAGCUCCAGGUAGCGGCUUAUGUAGUUGGAACCGAAUGGGUCCUGCUAACAUGGUUAGCAGCUACACUUCAGGGAAGUGCAGCCAGGAGUAUGUUUUACUCUUGACGAUAUACAUCCAUCCAUCACUGUUUGACCUAUUCAGGAUUGUGGGCGGGUUGGGGUGCCAACCAAUCGCAGGGCAGAAUUACAUACCAUUCACACCUAUGGAUGAGUUGGUAAAUCCAAUUAACCUCAGUAUGUUGUUUGACUAUGGGGGGAGGGGGGGGACCUAAUGAUGACGGGGGGAGAACAUGCCACACACAUGGAGCCAUGGACCCAGGUCCCUGAGGUGGGAGGUCAUACUGCUAACCACUGUGCUACCCCCCACCCACUUCCAAGAUGAGUGAGAUGGAAUAUCCUCACCUUUAUGCGGCUGUGUCACAAAGACCCAUGGUGUUUACCAAGAGCAGA